UUAGAAAGUGACGGCGUGAUAAAGUUAACAAGUUUUGGAAGAGAGCAAGGCACGGCCGAUGUGAUCGUGUCAUCGAUUGGAUGGGUGUGCAUGACAUCGGAUCAGGCCGAGAUCAAGCUGAAUGCCUAUACGCCAGCGGCUCGAGGCAUAGCCAUCCGACAGCCACCAAUACUACCGUUUUGUGCGAAACUGAAAGGGUCAAGGAUUGCGGGCACUGCGCAGUAUCGAGUCAGACCAAUCAAAUUUCCGGUUAAUCAGCGACGAUUAAGACGAGAAAACGGUGGUGGUGCGAAACCGUGGAGAAAUUGA